AUGAGUGUCUCAAACGCCUUUUCUAUCCCUCCCAGACCACCCAGAAGGGCAAACAUAGGUUUCGAAACCAUUGUUAAUAGAAAACUGGAGCGUAAUGAACUGAGGAAAAGGCCGGAGAAGAAGCAAAGUGUUGGCGGUUCAGUCCGAAUUUGCAGCAAGAUUUUUCCUCCCAAGGCCGGCGUUGGUUUCGAUACAAUUGUUAAUGAAAAACUGCAACGCUCUACUAGAAGGGAUGGUAAACUCGGAAAGCAAAGGUAUAAACGGAAAGAAACUUCGGAGGGGAAGGUUCUUCACCGCAAAGGAGACUAA